AUGUAUUGGGAUUUCCAUAAGAAGAUCUUUGACGCCGAGCAGCCCGAGCGCGCGCUCCGCCUCAACCUCCGCGCCCAGCUGCAGCUGCUCCGCGCCAACGGUAUCCCUGUCGCCCGCACCCACGCCAGCGACCUCGUCGACGACAACAUCGACGACAACAACGCCCACCUCGACAAGCUCGACGUCAAGAUAAACAGAGAUACCGCCGACGACAAGGCCAUUUUCGAUCGCAGCGGCACAAAUCUCGUCGGCAACUGGACUUGGAUCGACGUCAUCGGGCUCGGCGAUGCCGACGAGCAGGGGACGGGCAAGACGGCCGCCGAGCAGGUUGAGGACGGCGAGGAGCUUAUGAAAGGCGAGCUCGAGCCUAGCGAGCAGCCCGUCAACGCCACGCCCGUCGCUGUCGUCGACACCGCUGCUUGA